AUGGAGAAGCUCCAGGAUAUCAAGCUCUCGACCAACAGCGAUACUGGCGUCGCACUCAUCCAGUUCAACAGACCAGCCAAACGCAAUGCCUUUUCACAGAAUACGAUAAACGAAAUAGUCACCACUCUAGACCAUUUAGACUCAGUGGAUACGGUGCGCGCUGUAGUUUUGACUGGUGGACCUGAAGGGCACUUCUGCGCCCAUAGAAUUGAGUUUCUCAAGGAUUUGACGGAUGCGCUAGCGAGGUUUUCCAAGCCUCUUAUUGCUGCUGUUGUUGGCUUCGCUUUGGGCGGUGGUUUCGAGAUUGCUCUCGCUUGCGACAUCAUCUACGCUGCUGAAGAUGCCAUGUUUGGCCUUCCAGAGGUCAAGAUCGGUACCAUCCCCGGCGCAGGCGGUACACAGCGCCUGGCUCGUGCCCUAGGAAAGCACAAGGCAAUGGAGUUCGUCUUGACGGGCGAGCCAGCAAGUGGAGCUGAGUUUGAGCGACUGGGCGUUGUAACAAAGGUGUUCCCCAAGCCCGACGUUGUCCAAGCAGCGACAGCGCUGGCUGAGAAGAUUGCGCGUCUGUCGGCUCCGGUUAUCAAGACGGCCAAGAAAGCUGUUUUGACUGUGGAAAAUUCGACCCUGGAUGCUGGGAUGACGCAUGAAAAGGCGCUGUACUAUUCGACGUUUGGGCUGGAUGAUUUCAAGGAGGGGAUCCAGUCAUUCCUCCAGAAGCGUCAGCCCAGUUUCAAGCAUUCUUAG